GAUUCGGACACACAUGUGAUUGCGUGUAAUGUAAUACAACGCAUAUAUUCUGAAAUCCGAAUGUUGCGUUAUUAUUCUCUUCGUAUCGUCACUCGUCUUUGUGAACUAUUGUAUUCGUGAAAAGUUAUGCAAACGAUGUAAUUCACAUCAUGCUGUUAUGUUUUCUUUAUCAUUAUCAAUAAUAAACAUGCUAUCCUUUUUCCGAAAGUUAUCAAUUGGCGGAAAGAUAAAGGAUGGUAUACUGCCAGGGACAAUCAUGGGAACGGCAGAGGAUCUAUUGACGGCGAAGAAUCAAACAUUAAAGACGGAUAUCGAGUUAAAAGAAACCGUUUAUGAUUUAUUAAGGACAAUCAAAGAUCCUGAAAAACCACAAACUUUGGAGCAAUUGGAUGUUGUCUAUGAAGAUUGUAUCAAAGUUUGCCACAGUACCCCAGGAGGAGUUUCUGUCAUUCGUGUGGAAUUUAAUCCUACAGUACCUCACUGUUCUUUGGCAACCUUAAUAGGAUUGUGCAUCCGCGUUAAAUUGGAACGUCAAUUAUCAGCAUCAUUUAAAUUAGACAUCUAUAUUAAAAAAGGUGCACAUUCCACUGAACAAGAAAUUAAUAAACAAAUUAAUGAUAAGGAACGUAUAGCGGCUGCAAUGGAAAAUCCAAACUUACGGGAAUUGGUGGAGAAAUGCAUUCUAGAAGAGGAUUAUUAGUGUUUUGCGAUAAAGCAUAUGCUACAUCAGAUAUUUUUUCGAAAUGCAAUUUUAAUCUAAUUUAUAAUAAUCAUGUAAAUAAAUAAUGUAUUUUGUUUA